AUGGCAGCACCUAGCGCGUCCCUCGAGUCUCGUAUGGGCCCAGUCCCGACAGAAGCAGCUCCUGCUGCUAGUAACGCCACUGCUCCCACCGCCGGUUCCAACAUCACAGUCCAAGGUGCUACUCCUGCUCCUACCGACGCGACCCCCGAUGAGCCUAGUGACCUUGUAGAGAGCAACUAUGAGGUCGCUGUGAAGCUCGUAAAUAUGCAGGGGGACCCGAACAGUCCCCUAUACUCGGUCAAGCGAUUCGAGGAUCUCGGAAUAUCGAAAGAGCUUCUUGAGGGAAUAUAUUUCAUGAACUUCAAGAAGCCUUCCAAGAUCCAGGAGCGCGCGCUUCCACUCCUUCUCUCAAAUCCCCCCACAAACAUGAUUGGACAGUCGCAAUCUGGAACUGGAAAGACAGCUGCUUUCGUUCUCACCAUGUUGACUCGUGUUGAUAUGUCCAUCAACCAAGUCCAAGCUCUGUGUCUUGCCCCCUCGCGAGAGCUUGCAAGACAGAUCAUGAGUGUAGUUCAGACCAUGGGCCAGUUCACCAACAUCAAGACUCAAUUCGCCAUUCCCAAUAUGGUAGCUAGGGGGCAGAGGAUUGAUGCUCAGAUUGUUAUCGGUACCCCGGGUACGGUUUUGGAUUUGGUCAAGAAGAGGCAGCUUCCCGUUGACGGGAUCAAGGUUUUCGUUUUGGACGAGGCCGAUAACAUGCUGGACCAACAGGGACUGGGAGAUCAGUGUAUCCGUGUUAAAAGUACUGUCCCACCAACCGCGCAAAUCGUUCUCUUCUCCGCAACUUUCCCCGAUCAAGUGGUCCAAUACGCCAACCGAUUCGCUCCAAACGCCAAUCAGAUUACACUAAAACACGAGGAGCUUACCGUCGAUGGAAUUAAGCAGCUCUAUAUGGACUGCGAAAACGAGGAAGACAAAUACCGCGUGCUUGUCGAGCUCUACCACAUCCUCACAAUCGGCUCCUCAAUCAUCUUCGUUAAGAAGCGUGAAACCGCCUCUGAAAUCCAACGCCGCAUGGAGGCCGAUGGUCACAAGGUUGCUGCUCUUCACAGUGCCUUCGACGGUAAUGAACGUGACAGGGUUAUCGAUGACUUCCGAUCAGGAAAAUCUAAGGUCCUCAUCACAACAAACGUGCUUGCACGUGGUAUUGAUGUCGCAACCGUCUCUCUGGUCGUCAACUAUGACAUUCCGCUCGAUCAGAACAACAAACCCGAUCCACAAACCUACCUUCACCGUAUUGGAAGAACCGGGCGAUUUGGACGUGUCGGUGUUUCCAUAUCGUUUGUGCACGAUAAGAACAGUUGGGCCGAGUUGAACGAGAUAUCCAGGUAUUUCGGUGUGGAAAUGACUCGAGUGCCAACCAAUGAUAUCGAUGAGGUCGAAAUUAUCAUCAAGAAGGCACUUAAGAGUAAGACUGCAGGUGUUUCAAAGGCCGAGUCGUAA